CACGACGUUUGUGCCGGCUUGGACGCCAACGCCAACGCCGUGGAUAGAUUUCAAUCUAUUACCGACUCCAACCCCGACUCUGUGGUCACCAUCGACGUCAACCUCAUCGCCGACACCAACGACAGCCUCUUCAUGGACGCCGUCGUCAGCAUCACCAGCGACAACUCCAGCCCCGCUAUCGACAACAGCAUCAAAGACAGCGCGUCGUACUCGUUGAGCACAGUCUGGAAUGCGUCGUCGCUCAAUGGUAACCCGUACCUCCUUGGCGUCGCGUCGGCAGUGACGCAGAUCAUUAUGAGCUUCGAAACCGGCCUUCUCUC